AUGGAUGUAUCCUGCACAGUACGCGUGUCGUAUAGCGCUCGCUUACUACUUAACAGUCUUUGUUUCCACCGCAUCUUUUUGAGGUACUUCCUUCUACAUUUUUUUUGCCCCAUGCCUUCUGUUUACAUUGUUUCGACCGCCAGAACUCCCAUCGGCGCUUUCCAAGGAAAAUUGAGCUCGCUCUCUUACACCGACUUGGGAGCUCAUGCUGUCAAGGCCGCUUUGGAAAAAGUUCCACAAAUCAAACCUGAAGACGUGGAAGAAAUCAUUUUCGGCGGUGUCUUGCAGGCCAACGUUGGCCAGGCCCCUGCCAGACAAGUUGCCUUGAAGGCUGGCCUUCUGGAAGCCGUUGUUGCGUCCACCAUCAACAAGGUUUGUGCUUCGGGUAUGAAGGCGGUCAUCUUGGGCGCCCAAACGAUCUUGACCGGUACUGCUGACAUUGUUGUUGCCGGAGGAGCCGAGUCCAUGUCCAACGUGCCAUACUACCUUCCUUCUGCUCGUUCAGGUGCUCGUUACGGUAACGCUACCAUGGUGGAUGGUGUUCAGCAAGAUGGUUUGUUGGACGUUUACGAACAAAAGUUGAUGGGCGUGGCUGCAGAGAAAUGUGCCGCCGACCACAACAUCACACGUGAGCAGCAGGACGAGUUUGCCCUUGGCUCAUACCACAAGGCACAACGUGCCACCGCCGAGGGCAAGUUUGCUGCCGAAAUUGCUCCAGUCACCAUCAAGGGCACGCGUGGCAAGCCAGACACGGUAGUCAGCGAGGACGAGGAGCAGGCCAAGCUUGACGAGGCCCGUUUGAAGUCCGCUCGUCCUGUGUUCCAGAAGGAAAACGGAACUGUGACCGGCCCUAACGCCUCGAAGUUGAACGACGGUGGUGCUGCGCUUGUUUUGGUCUCUGAGGCCAAGUUGAAGCAGUUGGGAUUGACUCCUCUCGCCACCAUCAAGGGUUGGGGUGAGGCAGCUAGAGCUCCUUUCGACUUCACCAUCGCUCCAUCUUUGGCCAUUCCAAAGGCCAUCAAGCAUGCCAACGUGUCUUACGACGACGUUGACUUUUACGAGUUGAACGAGGCGUUUUCUGUUGUGGGCUUGGCCAACGCACAAAUUUGCAACUUGCCUCUUGAAAAGAUCAACGUCUACGGUGGAGCUGUUGCUUUGGGCCACCCAUUGGGAUGCUCUGGUGCUAGAAUCAUUGUGACAUUGAUCUCUGUCUUGUCGCAAGAAAACGGAAAGAUUGGUGUUGCUGGUGUGUGCAACGGUGGAGGAGGAGCCUCUGCUAUUGUUAUUGAACGCGUGGACCCAGAGUCUAAGUUGUAA